UUGCCACGGCGCCUUCGUCUGCCUGUUGCGUAACCGAGCCUACAUCGUAGACCAUGAAAGUAUGAAAGUUCUGACUUUGGCCGCUCGCUAUUCUGAGAACUGAAAGCCUUCAUAAAGGCUUGGCAUUGGCGGUCCGACCAAGGUCUUGAAGGAUCGCUUUUAGCGCUCUGAACUGUGGUCUUUGCGGCAGCACGGCGACAAUCGUCAAUCGAUGCCGGAUAUCCCUGUUCCACCAACUUAUGUACACUCUCAACAUCAAGUCAGUACUUGUAUUCCUUACCGGCUGAUACUCCAUCAAUUGCUGCUGGAUAUGAAAUCACAGCAAAAUCACAUCACAACGUCUGGCGGUCACGGUGUAUGUAACAAUCCACACCAGCUUAGUUCCAUUUCAACGUCACCAACCAACAUCGUCACAUUUCUUUUCCUAUCCAACGGACCCAAUCGAUGUCAUCCGGUUCGCGCUCGGUCAUCGUUCCGAGUCUGCUCCGGGCGACAAGUGACACGACAGUCGCUUUGGAAGCGCCCACGGGAGCCGAAGAGGCUCCCGUACUUUACGACACUCGCCAAUCAGCAUCCUGCGCCUCAUAUUUAGAUGUUCGCGAGCGCCAUUGGUCGUAAUCGACUAGUCGAUAAGACCCGAGGGGCCAAACUCCAAAGGCCCAAAAG